AUGCUCCUCUCCUCCAUCCUAAGGCGGAAACCUCCUCUCGCGGCCUCAUUCCGGAAAUUUAGUACAUCAGCCAAAAUGUCAUUGAAGGCUCUCUCCUCCAAAGAUGCCGCCUCUCUGGACAAGGAUCUCAUGGAGACCGGCGGGUUCUCUCUAGAUCAACUCAUGGAGCUCGCGGGGUUAUCAGUCUCUCAAGCAGUAUACCGCAUCCAUCCCCCGAGCGCAGGGAAGAACAUUCUCGUCAUCUGCGGUCCCGGGAAUAAUGGUGAGCACUCGAUCCCUACCACCUACCACCUACCACCUACCACCUACCACCUUCACCUUCAACGCCACCGCCAUAGCCCAUCCCCAUCCCCAUCCCCAUCUUAUCCCCCAAUGACCCAGUCCCAUUACAACACCAUCACGGACCUAACCACCUCACCCAAACCAGGCGGCGACGGCCUCGUAGCCGCGCGCCACCUCGCGCAUUUCGGCUACAACCCAAAAAUCUACUACCCCAAGGAAGGGAAAAACGAGCUCUACCAGCGCCUCAAAACCCAACUCCGCAACCUCUCCAUCCCGAUCCUGAACGACACGCACGACCUGCCGGAAGCCAUCAAAACCUCGCACCUGCUGGUGGACGCGAUCUUCGGAUUCAGCUUCGGGGGCCCGCUGCGCGACCCGUUCCCGGAGAUCAUCAGCCAGAUGGAAGCGGCGACGAUCCCGGUGCUGAGCGUGGACGCGCCCAGCUCGUGGGACAUCGAGAGCGGACCGCCGCGGGACGGACCGGGGGCGAAGUUCAUGCCGGAGGCGUUGAUCAGUCUGACGGCGCCGAAGCCGUGCGUGAAGUUCUACCGCGGGAGGCAUUUUGUGGGCGGGAGGUUUCUGACCCGGGGGAUUGCGGAGAAGUAUGGGUUGGAUGUGCCAGAUUAUCAGGGGGUGGAUCAGGUGUUGGAGGUUGGGGUGGAUGCGGAGGGGAGGUUGUAG